AUGGGCGCUGGCGUUGGGGCGCUGCUGCUGGCGCAGCUGCUGGUGCGAGUCGAACUCCAGAUGCAGGGGAUGCAGGAUCAGAACCAGCUGUUUGCAGGUUUCCAGAACUCCUCGUGGAUCACGCAGCCAUGUGGCCACCAGAAGACCCAGCCGCUCAUAGUGGGUGGGAAAGACUCGGUUCGCGGGCGCUGGCCGUGGCAGGUCAGCCUGCGGCUUCGUAAAGGCCACGUCUGCGCAGGGAGCCUGCUCAGCCUGCGCUGGGUGCUCUCCGCGGCGCACUGCUUCGAGAAGCACAGGGAACCCUCAAAAUGGAUGGCCCAGUUUGGUGAGCUGUCUUCCAAGCCAUCUCUUUGGAACUUGGGGGCCUUCUACCAUCGUUCCACCGUGCAGAGCAUUAUUAUAUACGCUCAUUUCAAGAGGUCUUCGCUCAACGACAUCGCCCUGCUCAGGCUGACCUCCUCGGUCACCUACACUAAGUACAUCCGGCCCGUCUGUCUCAUGUCCUCCUCCUUGGAGUUCCAGAACCGGACUGACUGCUGGGUGACCGGCUGGGGGCACAUCCAUGAGAAUAAGACCCCGCUGCUGCCUCCCUACAACCUCCAGGAAGUGCAGGUCUCCAUCAUAAACAACUCCAGGUGUAAUACCCUGUUCCAAAAGCCCAAUUUCUUCUAUGGAAUCAGAGAUGACAUGAUUUGUGCUGGCUCUGAGGAUGGUAGCCAUGACUCCUGCAAAGGUGACUCAGGUGGACCCUUGACCUGUGAAAAGAAUGGACUGUGGAUUCAGAUUGGAAUCGUGAGCUGGGGAGUAGGCUGUGGUAGGCCCAACCAGCCUGGAAUUUACACCAACGUCAGUAGGUACUUCGGCUGGAUCCAGAAGCUCACAGCCCACAGCCCACCCAGGCCAGACCCCUUCCCACUGCUGCUGCUCCUCCCUCUGCCCUGGGCUGCCCCACUUGUGCAGCUGGCCUGUGCACAGCUGACCCUGUAA